AUGAGAUGAGGCCUUCUGAGUACCAAGAGGCAGGUGAGAUGAGUUCAACGAGUUCAACAGCAUUAGCAGCAGCAAUUACUGCAGCAGCAAGGGGCUGCUGCUUCUGCUGCUAUCGUAUCAGCUGUCCAUACGCUUCAUAUCAUACGACUGAAGCAAAAGAGGCGUCGAAAGGAGGCCAGAAAAAUACGGCGUCGUCGCACGCUGCUGACGCGUCGUCGCCUUAUUUCCGCUCGUAGCGCUGGGAAGAUGCCGGAAUCUGAGAGUUCCACUUCCGACUGGCUCGUUUCUCCUUUAAAAGGAGGGAGAGUCCUAGAUUGAUAAGAUCGAUUAUUCGGUCAGUCGUGUUUUUUGGGUUAAUGUCUCGCGAUGAGUUACGCGGGUGUUCUGCUCCUGGCCGGUCUAGUAACAGCCUCGUCCACCGUCCAAUUCCCUGACAAUGCCAACCACAUAUUCAACGCAAUCCAUUCCUCAAUGAGACAAUGGGGCUCGUCUCUACAUCACAACGGGAUGUCCUUUUUCCUCGCCUCUGUGCCUGCAGGUACCCAGCUGUACCACGGCACACACCAGCGCGAUCGAGUGAAUGGGACAGAAUGGCUUGCCUUUGAACCCGAGCAUGCGAUGGUCUUUGCGACGUUCGGACAAGGUCGUGGACCUCCGCCUGGCGGUCCUGACGGUCCUGGUUCUGAUGGCCCACGCGGCUCUGCGUUCCAAAAGCUCCUGGGACUGAUCGGUGAGACUGAAGAUGCCCCCGAUACUGGAGGCUGGCUGCAUACGUACGCGGCUGCCAAGGAUCUGCGACUUGUGUAUAUCGACGGCAUGUCAGCCGCCAAGACCUCGAACGGGACGCUCGACUCUCAGGAUCGCAUUCUGCUGCGGGAUGCGCUGGAUGACGGAAACGGGAACCCGAUGCGCAACGAAAAGCGGCGCGCGGAGACGGUUUGCCGGAUGGCGAGGGAGGAAUGGGAGGAUCGGAUUGACGGGAUUAUCUUAUGUGAUUUCGCUCGUGAUUUGGACCUGCUGCAUGUGGUGCGGGUGAAACUCGAGGGUAAUGGCCCGGGAGCUGGACCUGGACGCGAGCCUGACCGGGGCAAAAAGAAGGGAAAGGGGCCUGGAGGACAGCCUGGACGAAACCAGUGGGUGAAGGCCAUUGCGGCCCGGUACGAUGGCAUCGGGGGACGCAGGGUAGCGUUGAACUACGAUCACUUUGUCACGGCAUACACCUAUGGCUUGGACCUUUUCGCCUCAGCGGAGGGAGGCCGCAGUCUACCACGACUGCAACACCUGUCGUCUGCUGACCUGGAUCCUAUCCGCAUGGAUUUACACCGGUUGAUCAUGUCUCACGAUACGAACGAGCCUUCAUUCAACUGGCAGGCCGUCACCGAUAUGGUGAUUGAGCGGUAUGCACACGAGCUGCGGUACCUGGCUUCCCGGGAGCUCUCGACCACGGAGCAGCUGCAUGCCGAGCUGGAAAUCACCCUUGGCCCGUUUAUCGAUUACAGCGACCGGAACACUACGCUCGAGGCAGAUCGAUGUAGCGCGCAGUUCCUGUCUGCGCGCAGUCCGGCGAAAGGUGUAGCUGCACAGGCUGUCCGGUCCAUUGCUCGGACGAUCUGCUCGACUCUGCUGGAGGCCUGGCGUCAGACGGACCAUGGACUAGCAGUGAAGCACAUUAAUGAUCUGAUGGAGUAUCUGUCAUGGACGACCUGGAAGGAAUGCAGUGGAUGCGGCGACCAUGAGGUCUGUGUUGUGCCUAUCUGGCCGAUGGGUACAGUGGAGGAUUACGAGCAUCCGCAGUGCCGCGAUGCGAAUCAACCAUACGGGCAGGGCUCUAGAUAUUGGGGACGUAUGCGGCCUAGAUAGGCCACGUUAUAUAACCCUUUAGUUCGUGUGGUUACUUGAAAUUUGAGGUUAUAUACUUCAUC